AUGGGCAGAAGACUAAGACAAGGAGAUCACAUGUCUCUGUUUCGCUUGUUGAUAUCAACUGAAGUUCUAACAAGUUUGACGUGCAAGACGGUGGAUAUUGGCACAUUUAGAGGUUACAAAGAUAAUGAGGAGAUUACUUUUUAUAUUCUCCAAUAUGUUGAUGACAUCAUUCUACUACGAGAUGACAUUUGGGAAAAUCGUUGGAGAAUUAAAAUAAUUCUUCGUAGUUUUGAGAUGGUAUCGGGGUUUAAGGUGAACUUUGUUAAGAUCAAGCUAUAUGGGUGCAAUGCAGAUACUUAUUUCAUGGAAACAACGUCAAAUUUUGUAUCUUGUAGUAUAUAUAAUAUCCCCAUUCGAUUCUUAGAGAUUUUGGUGGGAGCUAAUCCGAGAAAGUAUUCGAUGCGGACUCUUAUGAUUGACAAUUUGAGUAAAAUACUCUCAAGAUGGAACAUAAGGUAUUUGUCGAUAGGGGGUAGAAUGGUCUGA